AGUUGCAAGCCUUGCAUGAAAUGGUCCAGCAGAAAGUUGUGACUUUGCUAAGUGAUCCAGAGAAUAUUGUGAAACAAACACUGAUGGAAAAUGGAAUAACGCGUCUCUGUGUCUUUUUUGGACGUCAAAAAGCCAAUGAUGUUCUUUUGUCUCAUAUGAUCACUUUCUUAAAUGAUAAGAAUGACUGGCAUCUUAGAGGAGCUUUCUUUGACAGCAUUGUUGGUGUUGCUGCUUAUGUUGGCUGGCAAAGCUCAUCAAUACUGAAACCUCUGCUUCAGCAAGGUCUCAGUGAUGCUGAAGAAUUUGUCAUUUAUAAAGCCCUCAAUGCUCUUACUUGUAUGUGCCAGUUAGGACUCUUGCAAAAGCCCCAUAUUUAUGAGUUUGCUUGUGAUAUCGCACCUUUCCUGUGCCAUCCUAAUCUUUGGAUACGCUAUGGUGCAGUUGGAUUUAUCACUGUGGUAGCACAGUAUUUAAAUAUUGCUGAUGUCUACUGCAAGCUAAUGCCAUACCUUCAUCCUUUUAUCACACAACCUAUAAUACAGAUAGAUAAAGAAAUAGUCCUGCUAAGUGUACUUAAAGAGCCUGUCAGCCGUUCCAUAUUUGAUUACGUCUUAAGAUCAAAGGAUAUCACAAGCCUCUUCCGACACCUUCAGAUGCGUCAGAAGAAGAGGAAUGGUGCUCUUCCUGACUGCCCACCCCCUGAGGACCCUGCCAUUGCACAGCUGUUGAAGAAACUGCUUUCACAAGGGAUGACUGAAGAGGAAGAAGACAAACUGUUAGCACUGAAAGACUUUAUGUUAAAAUCAAAUAAAGCUAAAGCCAAUAUAGUGGAUCAGAGCCACCUACAUGACAGCAGUCAGAAAGGGGUGAUUGACUUGUCAGCUCUGGGUAUAACUGGGAGACAAGUGGAUCUUGUUAAAACAAAGCAGGAGCCUGAUGACAAACGAGCUAGAAAACAUGUCAAACAAGAUUCAAAUGUAAAUGAAGAAUGGAAAAGCAUGUUUGGGUCCCUGGAACCAACUAACAUCUCCCAGCCAAUACCCAAAGGACAUGGGCAAACUACUGAUCCUGAAGCCAUCCAGUCUGGUAAACCACUUCGUUCAGAGUCCUCAGCUGGCAUUUGUUCCACUUUGUCAUCCUCCCCACAGGCAUCUGAUGGAACAAUCGUUCAACCCAGGAAACUGGCCAUGCAGGUACUGAGCAGUACAGCAACUGUAUCUGCACACCAAUUACGCAUCACCACUUGCAAAACUGAACUUCAGCAGCUGAUCCAGCAGAAGCGAGAACAGUGUAAUGCAGAGAGACUUGCCAAACAGAUGAUGGAGAAUGCAGAGUGGGAGAGCAAGCCCCCACCUCCAGGAUGGCGUCCCAAAGGAUUGUUGGUAGCUCACCUUCAUGAACACAAGUCCGCGGUGAACCGCAUUCGGGUCUCUGAUGAACACUCCAUUUUUGCCACUUGCUCGAACGAUGGCACAGUGAAAAUCUGGAACAGCCAAAAAAUGGAAGGAAAAACCACUACAACCAGAUCCAUUUUGACAUACUCUCGGAUUGGAGGACAUGUAAAGACACUUACAUUCUGCCAAGGCUCACAUUACUUGGCUAUAGCUUCGGAUAAUGGUGCCAUCCAACUUCUUGGUAUUGAAGCUUCAAAGCUCCCUAAGUCUCCUAAAAUUCAUCCAAUACAAAGCAGGUCUUUAGAUCUGAAGGAUGAUGGCUGUGUGGUAGAUAUGCAUCACUUCAAUUCAGGAGCCCAAUCAAUACUGGCUUACGGUACAGUUAAUGGAUCUCUGGUUGGAUGGGAUUUGCGAUCUAGCAGCAACGCUUGGACGCUGAAACAUGAUUUGAAGUUGGGCCUCAUAACUUCAUUUGCUGUGGACAUACACCAGUGCUGGCUGUGUAUUGGAACAAGCAAUGGUACCAUGGCAUGCUGGGACAUGAGGUUUCAGUUACCUAUCUCCAGCCAUUCUCAUCCUUCCAAGGCCCGAAUCAGACGCCUGCUCAUGCAUCCUGUCUAUCAGUCCUGGGUAAUUGCAGCUGUUCAAGGCAAUAAUGAAGUCUCCAUGUGGGAUAUGGAAACUGGCGAUCGACGCUUCACUUUGUGGGCCAGCAGUGCGCCUCCUCUUUCAGAACUGCAGCCUUCUCCUUACAGCAUUCAUGGAAUAUACUGUAGUCCAGCAUCUGGUAAUCCCAUAUUACUGACAGCAGGCUCAGACAUGAAAAUAAGGUUUUGGGAUCUAGCCUACCCUGAGAGAUCAUAUAUUGUUGCUGGAAGUUCUAAUUGCCCAUCUGUUUCCUACUAUAGGAAGAUAAUUGAGGGCACGGAGGUGGUUCAGGAAAUUCAAAACAAACAAAAACUGGGGCCCACUGAUGAGACCCCUCGGAAGGGUCCAGAGUCUCUCCCUGUCGGACAUCAUGAUAUUAUCACAGAUAUCGCAACUUUCCAGACCACGCAAGGGUUUAUAGUUACUGCAUCAAGGGAUGGAAUUGUUAAAGUGUGGAAAUAAAAGUUCUACUAAUAUACAGUAUGUAAAUAUUUGUAAUAAAGAAGUAGUGUUAUAAUGAAGUUUUCAAGGACUCUUUCCAGAUCAUGGAAUAGAAUGGACUUUAAAGACUAUAAAGGUGAUGAUAAAAUCGGUUAUCUGUAUCCUACUGCCCCGAUAGCACUUCUUAAUCACUUCUUUUAUUAAAGAUGUUUGGUAUCUAUAGCAGUUCCUUGAAAUACCAAGCCAUCUAUGGAGAAAUUGUUUAGCCUGGUCUUGACUACGUUGUUUGUUCAGGACCUUUCAGAACAUGAUUUAAAGAUGUCCCACGUUACACAUUCUAAAAGUGCAAAAAGCAAAGAGCUGGUACAAAUACUUCAGUGUCUGACGGCUCCUAUGUUGAAUCUAAGAAAUUAAGUAAGAACCAGUGCACCAAUGUCCCUGUACAUUCUAAUAACUAUAAUAAAGUCCUCUUGAACUUCCCU